CAUCACCUGAUCGGUCUCAUCACACUGACUGUGGCGCAAAGCAGAAGGGACGCCCAAGUUAACUUGGAUGUCAUCUAAUGUAACGAACCCAUCUACUGUCACAUCUUCUGCAGUGUCGCCAACUGCGUCGCCUCCAGCUGGCCAAUCGCCGUCACACCCUGUGGUCGCCUUCAUAAUAGGAUUCUCUAUCAUAAUCAUCGCAUCUCUGCUGAAUGCAGGUGGUUUGAAUAUAACCAAACUCGACCAUGUACGGACCAUGGCUCUCCCGAAAGGCUCACGGCGAAAGGAUUACCUGCGACCAUUAUGGGUAAUCGGAAUGCUUUUGUACAUCAUGUCACAAUUAAUUGGAUCCAGUCUGGCUCUUGACUACAUGAGAGCUGAGUAUGUCGCCCCACUGGGGUCAUCCUCUCUGAUUUUUAAUUUCCUGUUCGCGAGCGCUUUAAUUGGCACACCCAUCACCAUCAUGGACAUAUAUGGGACAGCAGUUGUUAUACUCGGGGUCAUAGGGAUUGUAGCUUUUGGAUCAAUCAACUCAGGUCUCAAAGAGGACUUUUCGUUAGGCCUGCUUGCUCAUUUGUGGGCAAGACCAGGAUGGAUUGGAUACUUCUUGCUCAUGGGGAGUGCUAUCAUCGUCCAAUAUAUCUGCAAUUCACAGCUGGAAAAUGUUUACCACGCUCGCGCGGAAGUAUCUGUGCUACCUGCUCAUCGCAUGCCAACACCAAGAACUCCAGAACCUCGCGGAGUUUGGGCUAAAGCUAAGACGAAAUGGGACAGCGCGAUGGAAACAUUGAGGAAACGUAUGGAAACUUGGACUUCGGAUAGAGAUGACAAAGUUAUUGCUUGGACUCUUGGCAUUGGUUGGGCAUGCAAUGGCGGCGCCAUGGCUGGCGCUUGCUUGGUGUUUGCCAAAGCCACUGUCAAAUUGGUAUCCGGAUCUUUGAAGCACAUCAACACUGGAAACCAAUUCAUUCACCCUGCCGCCUUCGUUACGUUCAUGCUUCUUGGAUGUACCGCCAUCUUCCAAAUCAUAUGUCUGAACCGGGCACUAAAGAUUUAUGACAGCACUCUCGUGGUACCUAUGUUCUAUGCCGUGUACACCGCUUCCGGGUUCCUAAAUUCACUUAUAUUUAACGACGAAGUCGACGCUUACAGUAAUUGGAUACUCUUCGCAAUUUUUGUUUCCAUCGUCAUACUUAUCGUCGGAGUCAUCCUUCUCACGAACAAAAAGCCUGAACCGAAAGCCGCAGCGCAACAAUCCACAAUUUUAGGUCCGGUCCCACUCAACGUUCGCCGCGGACGUCGCAGGCCUAAGAGUUCCGAGCCGCAAGUUGACUUGCAGGACGAUGAUGAUAGGAUAGAAGAAGAUGAUGCUCUAAGAGCAAGUGAUGACGAGCAGGAGGAUGCUGCUGUGUGGCGGAUUGGAGAGGACGAUGACGAAGUAGAUGGGGAUAUCAGCCAUGCACACGAAGUGAGAGGAUCACUGGGCGAGGGACCGACGGUCCCACCCGUUGCGCAUCAUGAAAACGAGGCACAACGCCUCGUUGACGUAAAUGUGGAAGGGAGUACCCACCAAACGACGGCCCAUCCGGGUGUCCCAAUGCGGGCACCGUUGCCGACGUCAAGAGGGACGAGUUCCCCUGAAGGGGACCCUUUUGCCGACUGGGAACACGCAAGCACUAGCACUCUUCUUAAAACUUCGUAAAGCACCCAUUGUGCAUACGGCUUGUCGCUGUGUGUUUCGUACUUUAUGUAAUAUCGAAACGAACCAACUCGAUUACCCUAAAACGAGGUCACGCAAGGGUGGUUGGACCGCAAGUAGAGCAGUGAGAUUAAGGCUAACGAGUGCGUAUAUAUUCGGGGUACAUUAGGUGUUUCGGCUAUGUGAAAACGAGUAGGGGAAACGAAUCGGAUGGCGGAUGGGAUUAGAAGAGUCCAAGAAAGCAUUGUCGUAAGAUGAAUCGGCAAGAGAGAGCUGUGAUGGUGACGCCGGAUGAUACGGUUCACCAGC